AAUUAGACAAGACUCCGAGUUUUUAGCAUCCUUCUAGAGCAUAUACUCGACUACCUACCAUAAUAUUCCCGCCGUUAACAAACAACCACCACUACAAGCUACGGCAGCGCCGCCACAGAACAAUGGUGGCUCUAUCUAAUAAUAACCACUUGCUAUCUCUUCCGCUGUCUUCAACUCAAUCUGCAACUCCUCGAGUAUUUAACCACCUCGGAUUUUCUUACAUUCGUCGGAGAGCUUAUUUAAGGAAGUGGAAACUCUGGAGUGCACCAAAGCGAUACAACUCCUCAUCCUUUAGGGUCAAAAGAUUUCAGCUUGUGAGUGCUAAAAAUUAUGAAGCCGGACAAUCGGAGGAUGCUGAGGAGAUAAUGCAUAAGGCUUCCGAUGAUUUAACUGGUAAUCUGGAAGAUAAAACUGUUCCCACAAGAAGUUCGCUUUUGGCAAAACUGGUAAUAGCGCUAGGUAUAGCUGCUACAGUUACAUUCCUAUCCAUAGGCCUCAAGCAGCCUAAUCAAGAAUCAAAUUUUGGGAUUCAAUAUCUGGUUGAUGGAUCAUCAUCUUCCACAAUUGCUACACCUGCUCCUGGUUUUUCUUUCAAAGCUUUUGGCUAUAGAGUCAUGCUGCCAGAAUAUGCUCCAGGAUGGGUCUACUUUUGGCUUCUGAUGGCAGCUGGUUUUGGACUUUUUAUCAGUGAAGAGGCUUUGAAUAUAUGGGUUGGAAUCUCUAUAGCACGGAUGCUUGUUCUAGAUGGGACGUGGCAAUCACUAGCGAACUCCUUUUCCAGAAAUGCUCCAUAUAUAACAUCCACUAUUCUCUGGGUGUACUGGGGUGUUUGUCUCAGUGAUAUGAUACCUUUUUAUCUUGGAAAGCUUUUUAAGCAAUCUGGUGCAUCCAAUGAUGUUUACUCAAAGUUAGGGAUCGGAAAUCAGAAGGCAAGAGAUAUUACAGACGCUGUACAAAAGUAUGGGAAUCUCAUUGGUUUAGUGGAACGAUUUUCUCUUGGAGUGAGAAAUCCCACUGCUUUCCUGGCAGGGGCUCUGGACAUAUCACCAGAGUGUUUCUUUGCUGGUGUCUGUUGCGGUGGCUUGAUGACUCUUCCAAUUCAGUUGACAAUUGGAUUUUUACUAAGAGAGCGUCCAGUAUUUGCAGUUGCAACCGUUGCUACUGUAGUGGGAAUCUGGACUGUGUUCCCCUACGCAGUGGCUGCCGUUACAGCAUUAUUCCUAUAUCUACGGCGCCAGUUCUCUGGUUAGGCCAACUCAUUACUUUUAUGAUUGGUUCACAAGUCUUAAAGAAUGUGGAGGUGAACACAUGACUGCUCGCACUGAUGCAAGCCUGGUUGAAUUUUGCUAUUAUUUGUUCAAAAUCAACCACGACUUCCGGUAUCUUCCAAACCAAAUUGAUGGAAAAAUCCUCGGAGAUAUUGUAAACUGAUAAACUAAUGUAUAACUGAUGAAUUAUUUGCCCACGGGUACUAUUCUUUAUUCUCAAUGAGAAUGUUUCGACUCUUCAAGA